UGUGUGUUUGAGGAGGGUGUGUGCUGUAGAGUGGAGAGAACAGAGGGACAAGGUGAGAGAGAGAGAGAGAGAGAAAGAGAGAGGCAGAGGGAGAGAGAGAGAGAGAUGCUGCACCUGUGCACGGUCACCUGAGAAGAAGAGCUAAAGAGAAAACACAGAGGAGGUAAAGAAAUUGUCAGCAUGGCGGGAAAGUUUCACAUCUGACAGAAUCUCCUUCGACCAGCUCGUCUUCAACAAGGUCAGUCGUCCAGUCUCUGUUGGUGCCAUGGCUGACCCAAGCUGGUGGAAGCUGACCUUCUCACGCAAGAAGAAAUCUGAGCCCAAAGUCCUGUACGAGAUCCCGCCUGAGUAUGGCAGCAACACCGGACACAAAGAGCACUCGAGCAACAAUGCCCCCCCUGCAGACCACCUGGACAGCCAGUUCAACGCCAGACUGGAGAAGAUUGUAGAUAAAUCUGCUACCAAGGGCCGCCACGUCAAGGUGUCCCACUCUGGGCGCUUCAAAGAGAAGAAGAAGGUCCGUGCCACGCUGGCCGAGAACCCAAAUCUGUUCGCAGAGAACAACCUCAGCGACGAGAACCAUAAAAACAAGACUGACAAAUAGCAGAACACACAUACUUGAUCACAAAAGUGUCAUAUAUCAGCGUCAUACAGGAUGAAGCACAUACAAGCACAGCCAUGUGGCACUGCAUGUGCAAGCUGGAUAAACACUCGUUACCCAGGCACCACACCCAGGUCGAUACUGGAACCAGUGGACUCACACCUAAACAAACAGCUGGUAUCAGCAGACGACCAUUAAACGACGUCCUGCAGACAUUUUUCCUUCUCUUUUCUCACUUUCUGUUGCUCACGCUGUUGUUAUUUAUCUUCAGAAAUGACAUGAAGAAAAAAAAAAGUCACUCUGCCCGUCCUCAUGAAAACAUCCUUCUGAAUUGAACAUUAUUGUAAACUACGUUUUUAUUUUUACUGUAAUGGAUGAAAAGUUUUGGAAUCAUACUUCCUUUUUUAUGUCUUAGCACACAAUCAAAACACUGUUAAUCAUUUUUGUGACCAAAGCAAAUAGAGACUUCUUUUUAACUUUUUAAUCAAUGUGUAUAAAAUAUUGUUGAUGGUAAAUUAAUUUAAAAAAAUGCUGUUUGUAUAAUCUUUUCAGGAAUCCAAAAAAUCCCCCAAAGAACAUGUAUGAAAAAAUAAAUGUAGUUUGUUUUUAAUAAAUGUUUCAAGAUGGGUUAAUAUAAAAGAGUACGAGGUUAUGUCACAACCAUUUGA